AUGAACCCAUCAGAAUUUCACGGUGGAACCGACCCCACCAUAGCCGAAGAGUGGAUCAAAUCUCUCGAAGUCAUAUACGACUACAUGCAAAUGACCGACCGCGACCGCGUACAUUGUGCCAUAUCCCUACUCCGAAACGAAGCUCGUCACUGGUGGGAAGGAAUCAAGGAAGGAACGAACCUCGAGACUCUGCCAUGGACCGAUUUCAAAGUCCAAUUUUUUGAAAAAUAUUUCUCGAAAGACGUGCGAGCCCACAAACUCAAAGAAUUUCUCGAACUCCGACAAGGCGACUUACCCAUGAUCGAGUACAUCCGCCGUUUCGAACGUGGCUGCCUCUACGCGCCAUUCAUCGCUCGAGACGCCGAAGAAAAGAAGAACCAUUUCAUUCGUGGCCUCCAACCCGAAAUCCGCCGAGACAUUCGUAUGUCCGACGCCUCGACUUUCUGCCAACUCGUAGACAAAGCGCUCAUGGCUGCCCAAGACGAGGGAGAAAUUCAAAACAAACGCCGAGCGACUCCGAAUUUCCAACGUCCGUGGGAAAAGAACAAGUUUGGCAACCGUCCAUUCCGAGGAAAAGGAACGCAGCCCAUCCGUCAAUCAACCAGACCACCGCCGCCGCCGCCAAGGCCAACCUGCCCAAAGUGUUGA